CUAUGCCUCAUUCCAGGCCAUUCUGGAUCGUGCGAACCUGGUCUUCCAAACGGAUGACAAGGCCGCCAACGAACGGCAAUCCCAGCCGCAAUAUGUGGCUAAGCAAGGCUACCAACGGCCGACGCAUAACAAUGCAAUGAUUCCUGACGAAUCAAUCGAUCUCCACGCUGCUCCAGCAUCCUCGAGUGAUGGAGUUGUCGCAGCGCUCCCGGCGAAGCGUCCCAAGAGAGUUCGGAAGAACAAGGCGACACAAGCGACGACAUCGACGGGAACUGGGCAGCAACCAUGGACGACAUACAACAUCACCAAGGAAGUACGGAGAUUGCCUUUGGUGCAAAAGUAUGCCGUCUCUACUGCUAAAGCACAACAGGAGGCAGCAGAGGCAGAACGUCAGCGGCUGGCCAAUCAGGCGGCAGCCCAAGCUCAGCGGACUGCUGAGGCUGACGCAACGGCUUCAGACAGGCAGAAUGCCGCCAGCACUAAGUCCCUGAUUCUGAAUGAGAGUCAGUGGACAGCACUCCUCCAAGGCAUGAUCUUUGUGCCUACGGACGAGCAGGCGGACCCGACACCGGCGGAGGCAGAAAGGAGUAACCUGGCUAACCUGAUGUUGGGCAUGAUGUGGGUGGUGAGGUGGAAUAACACAAUGCUGCAGGCACACCUGCUCGCGGACCGACUGCUCAGACAAAAGCAGCAGCAAGAUACUGUCGCCUUAACAGUUGUCGUCCUCGCCACAGCAGUGCAGCAGCAAAAACAGCACCAACUGUUGAACACCAUGAUCACACACGUCAACAGCAUCGAGGCUAAGGCCUCAACAGCGCCAGGCUGCACGACAAACACGGCGAAGCAGCUCAGGGAGCGCAUCGACCAUGUCGUCAACAUCAUCGGCGAACUAGGUGACUUUACCAGUCCAGCCACGAUCAGCAGCACGGUGGCCGCCAUCAAGACGGACAUCACCAAACUGCAAUCACGACCGGAAGCCACUGCGAAGAUAUACACGAUGCCACGUUUCAACAUCAACAAGUAUGACGACUACAACAAGACGGACGCCUUGCAAUGGUGGCAAGCCUUCCUCACCGAAGCAGCAUGCCACCAUGUGCCGGAUGAAGAUAUGAUGAAGGCACUCUACCUCCAACUCAUUGGAGGAGCACAGGCAUGGAUGAACCACACCACGGCCAAUCUGGGGUGCACCAUCGCCCAACUGCACACCCACAUUACGUGGAAGCAGUUCGAGCAAAUAUGGAACACUCGAUUCAUGGUCUGCAACGUUGUAAAGGCGGCCAUGAACGAGGCACACCUGCUCGUGGACCGACCGCUUAGACGAAAGCAGCAGCAAGAUAUUGCCGCCUUAACAGCUGUCGUCCGCGCCACAGUGACGCAGCAGCAAAAACAGCACCAGCUGUUGAACACCACGAUCUCACGCGUCAACAACAUCAACGCUAAGGCCUCAGCAGCGGCAAGCUGCACGACAGACACGGCGAAGCUGCUCGGGGAGCGCAUUGACCAUGUCGUCAACAUCAUCGGUGACCUAGUCAUGACAACGGAGUUCCGAGACUUGCUUGAUCGUACCGUCCUCAUCUACCUCCACGAUAUCUUGGUCUAUAGCAGGACGCUUGACGAGCACCUCGUACACCUUCUUGUGGUGUUGGAUCGUUUGCGAGCAGCCAAGUACAAAGCAAACCGCGACAAGUGCGAAUUCGCCAAACAAGAGCUUGGGUACUUAUGGUAUUAUAUGACGCUGAAGGGCAUUUGUCCUUUAGCGGACAAGAUCCAAGCCAUCGUGGAUUGGUCGGAACCCCGUUGGACGGCGGAUGUACGCUCUUUCAUGGGUUUGGCUGGAUACUACCAGCGCUUCGUCGAGUCUUACUCCAAAGUGGCAGCUCCUUUGUCGAGACUUCAGUCCCCGAAGGUACGAUUCGAGUUCGAUGACGCAGCUCGUGGCGCAUUCAAUAUGUUGAAGGCGGCGAUGCAAGACGCACCGGCCCUCCGUAUCUAUGACCCCACCCUACCCACCCAAGUAACUAUGGAUGCUUCCAGGUACGGUAUUGGUGCGGUAUUGGAACAAUGCCACACGGAUGCUUGGCACCCGGUUGAGUACUUCUCCCAAAAGGUGCCUCCCAUCAACACUCUCGGCGACGCUAGGAAGAAAGAGCUACUCGCGUUCGUCACCGUUCUCAAACGGUGGCGCCACUUUCUUCUCGGUCGUUGGCGUUUUAGAUGGAACACGGACAACAAUCCGUUGACCUUCUACAAAACGCAGAACACGGUCACUAGCACGAUCGGUCGAUGGAUGUACUACAUCCACAAGUUCGACUUUGAGCCGUUCCACAUUCCCGGUCCCGCCAAUCGAGCAGCAGACACCCUCUCACAACGGCCCGAUCUUUGUGCCCUCGUGACUACGACGUUCCAACUCGACGACGAUCUGCAGCAGCAUUUCGUCAAAGGCUACAAGUCCGAUCCGACUUACUCUACGCUUUAUGCGGAGCUCUCAUCGGAUCACCCGCCGGACGGUCAUUAUCUAGAGGAAAAAGCAGCACGGAAGACAAGAAACUCCAGCAAGAAGACGAAGAUGAAAUACUCAGAUCCGCGAAGCAACACGAAGUCGCGACGUGGAGCGAAUACCAGAAAGGGAAGAGAUGAGACCAGCGAAGAUACGGAUACUGGGACGAACACAGGAGAUGACACCACAGACUCAUCCACAACAACGACAUCGGAAUCAAAUGACCAAGAAGCAAGACAGAGGAGCCGUACCCGACGAAAGAAGAAGCGCACAACGAGAAGAUCCAAGAGAUCGAAGGGGAAAGGAAGGGUCAAGGAGAACAAUACUCCUUCGAGGGUAUACGAGAAGGGAGAAUGCUCCGGGCAACAAAGAAACCCAAGACGGAUCAACGAACACAUGCAUAUGAAAGACGACACGGAGACGGAGGCGGAACCAAGAACUCCCUUAACUGGGGGAUUCAAAGGACUAGCUGCAGGCUGUUCACAGAAGGGACUAAUAGAAUACUGCAUCUCGGCGCAUAAAAUCUACUCGUCGAAGAAAGCGGACGUGUUGAAGAAACUAUGUGACCAGAAGGGGAUAAAGUACACGAAGAAACCCGAGGCGGUGGAACUCCUAGCGAGACAUCAGGUGGAGUUGGCAUACGAUGGCUAUGAAGAGGAUCGGCAGACGACCAAAGAGAUGACCAAGACUAAAGCGUCUGGUUCACCUAGGAAGGAAUUCAGUAAGGAUCGUACCACUACGGAGAAGAAGAUGCAGAAGGCGGUACCAGUCAUCAUCAGGGCCAUGCUGACUGCCUGGCUGAGAAGACCCAAGUCGGACUCCCGAUUGGUAACUCUCACGACCAGGAAACUUAUCGGACUGUAUAAGACAGUGGGUCUGUUCACGGAGAAGCAAACGAAGCAUAGGCUACAGAGUAAAUUGGAUAGGGUGAUUGUGAGGAAGACGGAAGUGAGUGUACGAAAGAGGGUGAACGUAAAGAUACCUUUCGACUCUCGGUUACGGAGAAAUGGAAUUAGGCAGGUAACGGAGAGAUUGAUCGAGAAUAUGGAAGGUGACAGGGCGCUGACCGACUUCUUGAAGACGAGAAUCCGGAUAGUGUGGACGCGUAACCGGAAUGUGGCGGAGCUGUUGCACAACCAGAAGCGUUUCGCCUGCGAGGACGAGCAUCCAUGUCUGUGUCGAACUACCGAUCUCCCGAAGUACGAAGGACAUGUUCUCACGAGGCGAAAGAUGGAGGGAUAUGUUAGCCUGUCUCUAGAAACGAUCAUGGAAGGUGUGAAGUAUGAUCUCAGGCAUUCGAUAGUAAGAUGCGGGGAUAAGAUAGUCAAACAGGUGUUUGGAAUCCCAAUGGGGAAGGCCACUAGCCCCAUCCUGGCAUCCAUCACCUGUGCGAUGGCAGAGAUGUGGUUCAUUAGGGAGCUUGGGAGUGAUAGAAGAUUGAUCGGGGGUUGGCGGAUUAUGGAUGACAUUACCAUUAUCGUCGGGAUGGCCCACCGAAUCAGUAACACGGAGUAUCCGGAGAACUUGUUCGAAGACUUCGAGUCCAUCUACGACAAGAAUCUGGAAGUCAUCCGCAAGGACGAAUGUGGAGUAGCAUGGGACUUCGUGGGAGGCAGCGUGAUGAUCUGUCAAUCACCACUGCAGCUCCAUUUUGUACCAAGUACUAAGAACACCGAAUCUCUGUACAAGGAAGGAAAGUUGGUAUUCCAGACGAUGCAGAAUUACAGUUCCUACUCGGCCAAGAGCGCAAAGAAAGUUGUGCUGACCACCACGAUCAAGAGACUGUGGGACCAAACCACGAGCAAGGAGCUGGUAUUAGGCGCGAUCGGUUUCGCUAUAUGUGAAGCGAACCUCUGGGGGUACCCCCCGGAGGUCUCUCUCGGUGCCCUGGCCAAUUUGGCCAAGGCUGUGCCGAAUAAGGCACUUCGUCACAUGUAUUCAGCCCUCGAAGACACGACGGAUUGUAACAGGAAGGACAAAUGCCGGAUCAAGGACUCGGUCGGACACAAGUAGCAGUGGAAUGAUAGCCGGCUAAAUUUUGAAAUUUUGAAAUUUUGAUUUUAAUCGUAAAUUUGUUCUGUUUUUUUUUUUUUGGGUUUUUUCGAAAUUCGUUGGAAACUCUACCGGGAUUUUGCGGUUCGACGCACGGAUGCAAUCAUUUUGGAAGCGGGUUCUCGGAGUUUUCCGGCACUUGCUUUUUUGGACGGACCGAGAACUAGAGACCGACGGCAAAUCCGAGAGUCGUACCGAAAUUCGAUAGA